AUGAUCAAUUCUCAGGACAAGGAGUCGAUCAAACGAGCAAUCCCCAAGGCCUCCAAUAAGAUAUUGGCGGCCGCCGUGGCGAGGCUGUACAUCGCCUAUCCGGAACCCGACCAUUGGACCCCUACGGGUCUCGCAGGCGCCAUAGUGUUAGUAGACGACCUGGUGGGCCAUACCUUCUUUUUGAAGUUGGUGGACAUUGUCUCGCACAAGGGAGUUUUAUGGGAUCAAGAGCUGUACAUCGACUUUGAAUACAACCAGGAUCGCUCGUUCUUCCACUCCUUUGAGUGCGAGGAGUGCUAUUUUGGACUGCUGUUCGAGGACAAAAGCGAGGCCACGAGUUUUUACAAGAAAGUCAAAUCUCGCGACAAGCACGGCUCCAAACAGACCGUGCAGAACAAGCACGGCGUCGAGCUUAAGAAGGAACCCACCCAGGUGAACAAGAUCGGAUUUAGAGGCGAUAUGUCUGGACUCGAGAACGAACAGAGAACGAGACGCACCAAGGGCUUUAUCUACUACGAGGACGAGCCUCCUCCAGAGUGGAGGUCUCUGUACAGAGAGCUGGAAAGCGUGGGCAUCACCGAGGAUAUGAUUGCGGAAAAUAGAGAAUUCAUCAAGAACUACAUUGCUCAGACAGGAGGUCCGCUGGUCGGCUUGGAGCCGCCAAUUCCUCGCAAAUACCAGUACAAGCUGGCCCAGAAGUCAGCAAGCGGAAGCAACAAUACAAGCACAAUAUCAAAGAAAGCUCCGCCGCCGCCUCCUCCAGCAGCCCAGAAGACAGCGUCCACGCCGGAUCUCCCCAAUAGCGAUACUCCUUCGGCCAUUCCUUCAUCCAUUUCUUCUAGACAGGAGACGCCAGCGUCAGAUCCCGAAACACCAACUCCUUCGGCAGCGGCUAAUCCUGCUCCUGCUCCUGCUCCUGCCACCACGGCAACUCACUCAAUCCCCCCUCCUAUGCACCACAACGUUCCUGCCCCUGACUACAUGCCACAUCUAGUAAAGCAACGCCAGAGCCAGGAGCCGCCACUUCCACCCGAGCCUCAGCAGCACAGAGGCUUUCCUCUGCCUCCUCCUAGGACCGGUGCGGUACCGCCACCACCGCCUCCUUCGAGAAACCCAGUGCCUCCUCCACCUCCAUCAAGGACACAACCGCAGCUCCCCCCAAGAGAGUCUCGACCAGCGCCUGUCCCGCCUCCUCCACGCAGAGGCCCUGCGCCACCUCCACCUCCUUCGAGAUCGAGACCGGUGCCUGGACCUCCUCAGAUAUCGUCUCCAAUGACCACUCACCCCGUCGCUUCGCCGCCUCCCCAACUUCCUCCUCACCACCCAAAUCCUGUGCCACCGGCCCCUUCGCUGCCUCCGUCUCAGCAGCAACCUCAAUCGCCGUACCCACAAACAUCUUCCAUCCCUACAGCUCCGCCACCACCGCCUAUGCAACCGGCUACCACUCAACCUUCGCAGUCGGCUCCCCCUCCACCUCCACUGCCCCCAGCAGCUUCUCAAUCAGGCUCUGCUCCUCCACCUCCUCCUCCCAUGCCUUCUGCACAGGCCACACCUGCUAACGACACCGCGGCAGCAACUCCUCCUCCUGGCGCCCAGCUCGACGGCAGAGACGCUUUGCUAGCCUCUAUCCGUAAUGCAGGUAUUGGCUCUCUGAGAAAAACAGACAAGUCGCAGCUUGAGAAGCCGAAUGUGCUGCUCCAGGAGGCCCGUGGCGAAGCGCCAAGCCAGCCUGCCUCUGCAGCUGCUCCCGGCCAACCAGCUUCGCUGGCAGACGCUCUUGCUGCUGCCCUCAGCAAUAGAAAGGCCAAGGUUGCAAACAGCGAUGACGAAGACGAGGGCGACUGGUGA